AUGCCUGUGCAUGAAUCUAAUUAUCCUGAUGCUGAUCCUGUCAUAUUUUGUCUUGAUAAUCAAAGUGAAUGUACUCGAAAUCAUGUGGACGUGGCAGCUGCACGUCAUCACCUAAAGCUGCUCACUGAAACCAACUUAACUUCCAAUGCUGUAGUUCACCAGGCUGCUCCUUCUGAAAUUUCUGUAGAAGAUAAUCAGCAGUCUAUUUCACAACAUAGAUCUGCUUUGGUUAAGCAGGUUUGUUCCUUGGAGACGGGUACCGUAAGUCUGGAUUGUGACAACAGUGAUGGUGAUAUCAAUGUGAUAAGCAGAAGGUUGCCAGAUCAAAAUGGGACUUGCAUAGCUGGUGACAAACUUUGUUCUUCCAGUCAUAAUGCUACAAACUCUCCAGAGAAAUCUAAACAAAGUUACCCUUCCAUGGAUAUUCCUCAAGAUAAGAUAUCUGAUGCUCUGGAUGAUGAGUUACUUAGCAAAGAUGGCAAAGCCACAGAGCCUGUAUCUAACUUGGUUCAGGAAUUGAAUGAACAUCCAAUUGGUCGUGUCACACCAACUGCCCCAAGGACGUCCUACCAUCGGAACAGGUUUACAUCCAUAUCACGCACAUUUGGAGAUGGUUCAAAAUUAUGGCCAGAAGAUAACAUGUCAACUGGCAGUGCUAGUGGUUCUAAGAAAACACGAACCCAUGUUUCAUACUCAGUUUCUCCUAGAAGUGAUGAACUAGGAUCAAAACACAAAGGACAUUUCCGCAAGAUACAACCUCACAACAUCGCCAAGACUAAUGGUUCAAAGAGGCUUCCUGAUAAUACUAGAAGUGGGGAGAGCAGCCCGGAGUCAUUGGCUUGUGUUGCAAAUGUCCUGGUAACAGUUGGUGAUAGAGGAUGGAGGGAAUAUGAUACUCAGAUCACAAUUCACACCGAUGGGCAGAGUGAUCGAAGUAUCUGUGUGAGGCUUGCUGAAGGAAAGAAGUAUGUUCACAAAGUUUCUCAAGUUUUGCAGCCUGGUGCUACUAACCGCUAUACGCAUGCUAUUUUGUGGAAAGGGGGCCCUGAAUGGUACCUAGAAUUUCCUGACAGAAGCCAGUGGUCGAUUUUCAAACAAAUGCAUGAUGAAUGCUAUAGUCAUAACAUCAGAGCUGCAUCUGUUAAAAACAUUCCAAUCCCUGGUGUCCGCUUGGUUGAAGGUCAUGACGAUAAUGAUGUUGUAUCGUUUGUGCGCCCCCAAGAUUAUCUUUGCCAUAUCGGGCCAGAUGUUGAAAUGGCUCUUGACGAAUCCCGUGUGAUAUAUGACAUGGAUAGUGAUGAUGAAGAGUGGAUUUCAGGAUGGAGGAAGUCUCAGCGAGAUAAGAACAACACUAUAUCUGAGUUAACAGAGGAUUUGUUUGAGAAGAUCAUGGACAAAUUUGAGAAAUUUGCACAUACCCAUAACUGCAGUGCGCUCACCAUUGAUCAGAUUAAGGAACUAGAUGUUGAUAAUGCACCGCUGGACAUCACUGAAGUGAUACAUGAUCAUUGGCAUGACAAGAGGCAGAAGAAGGGAAUGCCGCUUGUUCGACAUUUUCAGCCUGUUAUGUGGAAGAUUUAUGCUCAGCAGCUACAGGAAUGGGAAUCGGCAGUAAACAGAAUGCAGGGUUCAUCAAAUGGGUACCAAGGAAAGAGGCCGCCCUCCAAACCUGCACUCUUUGCCUUCUGUUUGAAACCUCGUGGACUCCGGCUUCAGGUAUCCAAGGGACCGAAGCAGAGAUCACAUAAGAAGCUUAUGUACUCUGGAUGCCACAGCUUUUCGAGAGAGCAGGAUGGCUUUUACCGACAAGCUUCAGGCCGGAAAAACGGCGAAUAUGUUGGGGAUGGGAGGACAUAUGAAUCCUAUGACGGUGGUUCUCUUAAUUCACCAACAGGGUACUCCCCCAGGUUCUCUAUGAGAACAGAUUCCCCUCGCACGUCUGAUGCUUCGGACAGAGGUUCUACUCCAAGAUUCAGGACUAACAGUAUGAAAAGGAAUGCAAGCUUUGCAUUCUCUGAGGAUCACCAACCGUCCCCGUCCUUCCGCAGCCAGAAAAUAAGGCGAGGAGGCGUGCCUGAUCACUGGAACACUGCAAUCCAUGAGUACCAGAACUCGAAGCAGGCGCCCCAGAGCCACCGUGUGGACGUCGAGGAGCUCAAGCUGCGUGACGCCACGAGCGCCGCGCAGCACGCCGCGACGAUGGCCAGGCUCAAGAGGGAGAAGGCCCAUUGCCUGAUGCACAAGGCGGACCUCGCCCUCCACAAGGCCUCGGUGGCCGUCAUGAUCGCGGACGCGAUCAAGGCGUCCAGCAGGGACUCGUCGCGGGCGGCUGACAGCAGGAGGGACGACGGGCGGUGACGCCUCGUUGUCGGGCGUGAGCUGAUGCGUGCGGGCGCAUCGUUUUGUCGAUAGGAUCAAUGCAGUAGAUAGCGUCGGGCCGUAGAAAAACCAACCUUCCUCCAAACCCCAAACCAGUUCUGUUUGAUCCUUUUGUACAUGUGAUAUUUCUUCCUCCUCCUUACCUUGUUCAGAGUCUUGUCUGGGGAUGAUGGCUGAUGCCUCCCGGGUGGUUAACUGUGUUGUUGGCAGAGAUGGUUGUUGAUAGGGCAGGUAGCUGUUGUUGCAUGAUUUUGCAUUCUCAUUGUUGUUGUAAAGGUUGCUUCUUCCAUCCAAGGGAAACGGCCAUGGCUUGUGCUGCCAGCCGCUACCCUGCCCAAAGAAAAUGAAAUAUGAAGAGAAUAGUUGAGGACAUA